AUGGCAACGAAAUCCUCCAAGAAAUUAAAACAGAAAAUGAUCGACUCACAUCUCAGCUCGCAACAAACGGAGCACUUAUGUGACCAAGAUGGCGCCGGAACGCAUGGUUCACCCACAUAUGAAGCAGAAACGGAAGACAUCCUGGGUUGCCACAGCAGUGAAUCCUCAAUCCCUGCCACAAAUGCCUCAGUGAGUACCAUGCUUGACAAACUAAAAUCAGCCUUAUUCUCAGAUCUCCAACGCAUAGCAGCAGACAUUAGAGCUGACAUACAAGCAAUAGGGGACAGAAAAGCUCACCUGGAAGAAAUGACAGAGGGCAUCUUAACAGCCCACAUUGAGCUAGCAGAUGCACAUACAGCACUGGAAAACAAAGUUAAAUACCUGGAAGGAAAAAUUGCAGAUAAUGAGGAUAGAGAUAGACAGAACAACAUAAGGAUACGUGGAAUACCUGAAAAUAUAGGUCCACAAGAUCUCACACACUACGUACAGAAGUUGUUCAAAUCUCUAAUCCCAUCAUUAACAGAUGCGGAUCUUCGCUUGGACAGAACCCACAGGCUACCCAAGCCAAGACAUCUGCCCACAACUACCUCAAGGGACGUCAUAACCAGACUCCACUAUUUUACAGUCAAAUAAUGCAGACAUCAAGACUUAAUUAAUCUCUCCCUGAAGAGUACUCAAACAUAAAAUUGUUUAUCAACCUCUCAGCAGCAACAAUGAACAAAAGGCGCUCAUUCACAUCGAUCACGACAGCCCUCAGAAAUGCCAACAUCUUAUACAAAUGGGGAUUCCCUACCAAACUGCUCGUCAAACGCAACGGAACAGACCGCGCAAUCCUCACGUCUGAAGAUGGCAUACAGAUUCUGGAAGAUUGGAACAUUCCUAUCCCUGCUCCGCAGAAUGAAAAACAAAAGACUGAUACACCGCCACCAUGCAAAAUGGCGAGAGACUGGCAACAAGUCCCUUGGAUCAACAAUACUCCACAAGGCCGCAGAAACUAUCAGCCUUGA